AUGACUUCUAACAAACGUCUCGAGCAGAUCAAGGACCACAUCGCCGGAGAAAGCCCUCGCGAUCGCCUUAUCAACCACAGACACCCCGACGAUGUCGUUAUCGUCUCGGCGGUUCGAACUCCUAUUUGCCGAGCCGGAAAGGGCGGGUUCAAGGACAUGUACCCCGAAGAUCUAUUGGCCGUCAUAUUGAAGGCAGCGGUCGAGCGCGCCAAGAUUGACCCCAAGAUCGUCGAUGAUAUCCAGACAGGCAAUGUCCUUCAGGAACUCGGUGGUAUCAAAGUCGGUCGUGCCGCCAUGUUCGCCGCAGGAUUCCCAUACACGACGACAUAUGGUGUGUUGAAUCGCCAGUGCUCGUCGGGCUUGCAGGCCUGCAACUAUGUUGCCAAUGCCAUCCGAGCCGGAGAGAUCGAUGUCGGUAUUGGCGCUGGUGUAGAGUCAAUGACUCACGACUAUGGCUCCAAAUCAAUGCCCUCUCGCAUCUCGCCCGCGAUCAAGGCUGCCCCCGGUGCCGCGGACGUGUUCUUCCCUAUGGGUAUUACCUCCGAGAAUGUUGCCAGCCAGUUCUUGAUCUCGCGUGGAGACCAGGAUCAGUUCGCUGUCGAGUCACACGAGAAGGCCUUGAGGGCUCAGGAACUGGGGCUGUUCAAUGCCGAGAUCGUCCCUGUUAAGGUUACUCAAAAGUCCACUGUCAAGGAUGAGAAUGGUCAGGAGAAUCAGAUCGUCAAGGAAGUGAUUAUUUCAAAGGAUGAAGGCCCUCGUGCAGGAUCGACCACUGAAAAGUUGGGCAAGUUGAAACCCGUCUUCAAAAAGGAUGGAUCGACGACUGCUGGAAACGCUUCGCAGGUCUCGGACGGUGCUGCGGCGGUGGUGUUGAUGCGUCGUAGCAAGGCGAUCGAGCUUGGGUGCCCCAUCUUGGCACGUUGGUGCGGCGCCAAGGUCACGGGCGAAAAGCCUUCUAUUAUGGGCAUUGGACCCGCGACCGCCAUCCCUGCUGUGCUGAAAAAUGUUGGAUUGCAGGUGGAUGAUGUUGAUAUCUAUGAGAUCAACGAGGCCUUUGCCUCUCAGGCUCUGUACUGUGCGCGCCAUUUGAACAUCAAGCCUGCCAAAUUGAAUCCCAAGGGUGGUGCCAUUGCCCUCGGUCACCCAUUGGGGAUGACUGGUGCCAGGCAGAUGUCGACCUUGAUUACGCAGUUGCAUCACACUGGCCAGAAGAUUGGAGUCAUUUCCAUGUGCUAUGGCAUUGGAGGGGGCAUGGCUGCUGUGAUCGUCAGUGAGCAAUAA